AAAUAUACUUUUUAAGUCGUUGAAAAAAAGUGGAAGGAGUUAAAAAAUCUAGAAGGAGCUGGGAAAAAACUAGGCGUUAGAAGAAACUAAAAGUUAAUUCUUCAACCGAAAAGAACAGAGUCUUAGACCGAAAAAGACGGGAUCAUAGAGUUCUGCUAAUGUCUUACUAAGCUCAUUAUCAAUAAGACUUUUUUUUUUUUUUUGAAAUUAUCCAUAAGACUGAUAAGAGGUUGUUCUCCUUGUUCGAUCAGAGAGAAUUACAGAGAAAAAAAUGGGAAUUCCAUCAAGAUUUAAAAGGAACGAGCCUUUCUGGAUUGCUUCUCCGUAUGAAGAAGCGAAGAUCCGAAGGAGCAAAGAGUGUACCCGAGAGGGUGUACGUGCGGGGGCCAAGGCUGCUGGAAUUGCAUGUGUUUGUAGUGCUAUUCCAACGUUAGUUGCAGUCCGAACCAUUCCUUGGGCUAAGGCUAAUCUCAACUACACUGCUCAAGCACUUAUUAUAUCUGGAGCUUCCAUUGCUGCAUACUUCAUCACCGCGGACAAAACAAUAUUGGAAUGCGCGAGGAAGAAUACCCAUUACGAUAGAACAACCUAGGACAAUCUGGAGGCGAAUGCGACUCGGGUGGGGCCAUAUACGUGCUCCCAUCCGCACACAUUUGCGCUCCAGAUUGUGGAGGUUCAAGUUUCAUAACAAGUGUUUGUACAAUGCAAGAACAAUUCUGAGAUCGUCUCUAAUAGUCACUCCCUUUGUCCCGUAAUAAAGCUUUAAAUUUCUUCUUUUAUCCGUCGCAAAACAAAGUUCUCCUUCGACUUUUGGAAAAGUUUUUGUGGUUAUUAUUAUUUCUAUUUAAUUUCAUCCACACCAAUUUUAAUCCUACAAUUUUAAUCUUCU